AACAAGCCAAGCUAAAUUUGUCACUUCAGUUGAAUCGUUUUACAUAUUAAACCAAACCGAAUUAACGAUGAGCCAAUACGACUAUCUGUUUAAGAUUCUCGUCCUGGGUGACAUCGGCGUGGGCAAAUCCUGCCUGCUGAUGCGUUUCUCGGAUAACCGAUUCACCGAGAAACACGUGUGCACGGUGGGCAUGGAUUUCAGGGUGCGCAACGUGGAGUUGGCCGGUCGGAUGGUUAUGCUGCAGAUCUGGGAUACCGCCGGCGAUGAGCGCUUUAAGUCGCUGCUGCCAUCCUAUUAUCGCGGUGCCCAUGGCAUACUGCUCGUUUACGACAUAACGUCGUCCAAAAGUUUCCGAAACAUCGAUGGCUGGCUGAAGGAGAUACGGCGCAUGUCUUCGGAAAGUGUGAACGUCAUGCUGGUGGGCAACAAGUGUGAUGAUCUGGAUAAUCGUCAGGUGCGCAUGGAGCAGGGUUUCAACUAUGCCAAUCAUCGGGCACUCGGCUUUUAUGAGGUUUCCGCCAAGAGUGGCGCGAAUGUAAAUGACGUAUUCAACAUGUUGUCAGUUGGCAUAUACAAUCGUCUUGUGAUUCAUACCCCAAAUCGCUUGUCAGGUGGGCAAGAAACGGAGGACACUGCAGAGCCACCGGAUGAACCAAUCAAUUUAGCUGGCAAAGAUCGGCAGAGGGCCAAAGACAGCAAUACCUGCUGUUAAGCAUCUCGACUUCAUUUGACAUUAUUAUCAUAAAAAUAAUAUUUUAAAAUUUCUAUACUUGCACAACAAGCUCCGUAAACUUCUUGCCCAAUGAAAAAAUAAAACAUUUGUAAUGUGAAACGGGAAAUUUGCGAAAAAUUAACAUAAAUAAAACUUUCCCAGUUUG